UCUACCGUCUACGUCCGCCGAAGUAUAUAGUCCACCACGGCGGUGCUGUUUUACGAUGGGUUCUCAACUGUAGACAACUGCAUUGUGCGUUUCAAUCCACUCUUCUCACUGCUCUAUUUAUUUCGCUUCUUAACAACAGGGCGCCAAAAAUCUUGGUCCUCCUCGGAGUAUUUGAAACUGGACACCGCUGGCGUUUGAGGCCCCUCUUUUCCGCGCGGAGGAAUACGUUGUUGCUGCUGACAAUGUGGAUGGAGGUGGUUAAGAUGUCUACUAGAAGAAUGAAUUCAUCUCAAUUGUAGCAACAAAAAAGAGGGGAGUCGCGAGAGAGGCUGUUUGGAUACCGACUGUUUACUUUCGUGUUUUUUAAGCGUGGAUUUUCUAUCGAAGGAUGUUUAAAGCGGAAUUCGGAGACGUUUCGCGGUGAUACGACGCUUUUCUCUGCGCCGAGGUUCAAAUUCUCCUCUUCAAGUUUGUUGUUUUUUUUUUCUUUCCUCCUGCUAAGAGUCAGCCUUUGCUAUAUAGCCACUGGAUGUCAAACAUCUGAUAAAGAAAGGGCUCUUUAAAGACGGUGGGGCAUGAACAAGCAGCAGGACCACACAAUGGCGGUCGAAACAGAUAAGGAACUCAGCGACCUCUUGGAUUUUAGUGCGAUGUUUGCGCCCCCUGUGGCCAAUGGAAAGAACAGGCCAACCACACUUGCCAGCAGUCAGUUUGGUGGUUCAGGCUUGGACGAGCGCAGCAGUUCCAGUCCUUGGGCUGCUGGAGAGCAGGGCAGCCCUUCAUUCAACCAGGAGCGGAGUUACGUUGAAGGCUCACACUACAGCGAGCAUGAUGGGCUGUCUUCCCCAUUCCUUAGCUCAGGGAUCGGCGGAAAAAGUGAAAGGGAACCAUAUUCUUCGUUUGGUGCCCAGUCGGGGUUCUUGCCCUCGGACAUUGUGAUGGCCAGUGCCGAUGCCAUGUCUCCCUCAGGGCUGAAGUCUGCCUCUCAGUUUUACCCCUCAUACACUAGCAACCCCCGCAGACGCCCUCCAGAUGGAAACAUCGAAACUCAGCCAAAAAAGAUUCGGAAGCCUCCAGGACUACCGUCAUCUGUCUAUGCCUCCACGUCUGGUGAUGAGUAUCCUCGGGACGGUGUAGGAUAUCCAGGCUCCAAAACGGAUCCAGUGUACCCCGGCUCUUUCUACAUGCAAGAGAGCCUGCACCCAUCCUCUGACCCCUGGGCAUCCUCUGGACCUUUAGGCCAGUCAGGCUACUCAGCCAUGCUGGGAAACUCUCCCCACAUCAGCCAGCCUGGCUCCUUUACUGCCAUUAAUCCACAGGACAGGGUGAAGCGCCAGCCGCUGCCUCUGUCCCCACAAAACUACCCUCUGCGCGGAGCUGACGUCAAUGGGUUCCACUCAGGCUCUGGAGUUUACAAUCACACAUCCUCCAUCAAUGGAGCAGACAGCAUUAUGGCCAGCAGAGGUUCAGCCACAGGCAGCUCGGGUGAUGAAAUUGGAAAGGCUCUGGCGUCGAUCUACCCCUCAGACCACAACAGCAACAACUUCCCCUCCACACCUUCCACUCCUGUCGGCUCCCCCCAGGGCAUUGCAGGUGCAUCACAGUGGCCAAGAUCUGCAGGCCAGACAGCUCUUUCACCUAGCUAUGAAGGUGGACUACAUGCACUUCAGAAUAAAAUGGAGGACCGUCUAGAGGAGGCCAUCCAUGUGCUGCGCAGUCAUGCGGUUGGUGGGGCCCACUCGGAAGUGCACACCCUGCUGGGUGCCGUAUCCUCGUCCGUUCAUAACGGAGCACUGGGAGGCCUCUCGCAGAGCUUCCCCAGUGCUGGGCUGGCUCUGGGCAACAGACAUCCUUCCAUGGGUGCAGGUCACCACGAUGAGCCUGCAUGCCUUCCUCCCAGCAGCAGCUUAUUACAGACAUCCCAUGCCUCAGGCACCCCACAGCCUGCAGGAGCACCAGAGGGUUUCAGCAGUUUGCCAGAAGGCAUAGCCUCAAACAGUGCUGACAUCAAGAGGGAAGACAAAGAAGAUGACGAGAACUCUUCGGUGGCAGAUAAGUCUGAAGAGGACAAGAAGGACACCAAAGUGUCUCGCACCAGAACAAGAAAGGAGGCGUUUUCCCUCCAGACCCAUUCAAGUGUUUCAGACCAAGAAGAUCAAGAUGAUGAUGAGGACCUGCCGGCCGAGGUGAAAAUGGAACGGGAGAGGGAGCGGAGGGUGGCAAACAAUGCGCGAGAGCGACUGCGCGUGCGUGACAUUAACGAGGCCUUCAAAGAGCUUGGCCGCAUGUGUCAGCUGCACCUGAGCACGGACAAACCGCAGACCAAGCUGCUCAUCCUUCACCAGGCUGUCAACGUCAUUCUUAACCUGGAGCAGCAAGUGCGGGAACGCAAUCUAAACCCCAAGGCGGCAUGUCUGAAGCGGCGGGAAGAAGAGAAAGUGUCUGGGGUGGUGAGUGACUCUCAGAUGCAGCUGUCAGGCGCCCACCCUGCUCUGGGAGGAGAUGGGCACAAUCCCGUCAGUCAUAUAUGAUGAUCCAGCAGUUUUCUUGGCUCAUGGAAGAAGUGGCCUUUUUUAUCUCUUCCCUCAUCCUCUUCAGAGUGCGUGUGCACACACGUGCGUAUAUAGACAUGGAAAGUGUAUCUAUGAAAUGUAAGAGGUGCAUCUUCACACAUCCAGAAACACACAAGAGUACUGCCAAAACUGACACAGCCCAUUUUACCGCACUCCUGACCAUGAUUACCAGCGUAAAUGUGAAGAACUCUUUCUCUGUAUUUUUUUUUCUUUUGUAUUUUUCUGCUUCCAUGAAAUGAUGGAACACAGGGAUAGUUGUGUCGUAUCCACUAUGGACAUUUCCCACCCCACUGCUGAGAGUGAGAGGAGAAAAAAAAACUUAGAAAUGUCUGAAUUUAAUCAAGGAUUUGUGCCUAAUUGUUACAUUUUAUAAGAGACACUGAAGCAAAUUGCUUACUUGUGUGGAACAAAUCUGUUUGGGAGUUGCUUGUAUAUGAGCAAUGUUUUAUGUAGCUUGGCAUUCCCUACUUAAAGGUACAGUCUUACAUGUGUUGUGCAACCAAACCCAUGUGACGUGGGAGAGAACCUGUGGUGCUUUUGGGGACUACAUAUCCCACCAUGCCCUGGUUCUGUGGUGGGAAGAAAGCUCACAGACCAGCUGAACUCAUCGGACUCUAGUGAAAUGAAUAUUUUCCAUCCAGGCUGAGAGUUUUCAGUCUUGACGCACUCUUCAGAAUUGUUUUUUUGCGUUGUGAGACCUUACAUGGCUCUCACCAUUUCACUGGCCACUGCCAGUCAGAGUAAACACGCAGCUCAUGAAUUCGUUCGGAAGGUGUCGGUCUACUCACUCGCAAGUAUUUGGUACGUUUCUAUGAAAUAAUUUCCUUUAGAUCGCUUCUUCUCCCUCUGACACCAGCUUGCAAUGUGUCGGCCUCAUCAUUCCUCCUUGUUUCUACUGUUCUUUGCUCCUAUUUAAACCCAUAGUGUCAGGCAUCUCGGCCUCUUGUCAGCAACGUCUGCCGUUAUAGAUGAGGGAACUCUAAAACUGGCAGAUUAAAAACCUGACAGUUUUCUCUCUUAUCUUUUUGUCCUUCCAAAAAUGUGUACCACCGAGAUGAAUGUUUCAGUAGAGGGCAGAAAAUUAUUUCCUUUGAAGAGGGGCAUCUUUUACACACAGUGACCCACUCUCACUGAUUGUUGCCAAAAGACUGAAACCUCGUACGUAUGUCCGCCUCGCACAUGCAAAAAGGAUAUUAUUUCAACUUGAGCAAAACAUAAGAAUAUAUAUAAAUAUAAAUAUAUAUAUUUUUUGUUAGUAUAUACAUUGUAGAUUUUUAAAUAAAAAAAAUUACCACUAUUAGUUUGAAGUGCAGAAAGUAUAUUGUGCGAGUGAGAGAGCAGGGACAAGUAAGAUGAAUUGAGUGGAGAAGUACAUUUUCAAAACGGCCCCAGAUUGUUUGCAUAAUGUUCAAUUCAGGUCCAUUCUAUUCAGCUAUGCUCCACCACCUCAACACGUGGACAAUGUUUGUACAUGUAACGUUUACUCAGUAUUUUGCUGUGUUUAGGCUUCAUUUAGUUCUCCUGUCGCAAAGGAUGUGAAGGAGCGCAUUGAUUCUAAUGUUAAAGAGUGCUUGGAGGCCUGUUAUGUCAAAGCUUUUGUGAUUUUUGUAUGUUAUUGAUAGCUGAAAUUCUUUCCUUUCAUGAGGGAAGGUGGGUAACACAGUAUGCCACUGUCUAAUUACAGUUCCCUUCAUAUUGAAAUGUUCUUAUGGAAUGACACAGCAACUAUUGCCCAACUUUGUUUCAGUUUUGACUAAGGAACACAUUAUGCAACUGGUUUUGAAUGUACAUUCAAAUAUAGAUUAUAUUCUUGUUUGCUAUACACUAAAUUACUGCCAGUUCAGUUCAUAUUAAUUUUAUUUCAUUUCACAAUAUAUAUCUAUCCAUUUCUGGAAAAAAAUCUGUUAUUUUGUGUGAUAACAUGGUUGGUUUAGUAUAUGUAAGAUAAUAGUGUUAAUUCCGUACAGGUAUGCUGACAGUGGCCGUGUCCACAAUUAUAGACGUGUCCAUAAUGGGCACCAUAAUGACACACCGUCAACUACCAAUAUUUGUUUUCAAAAAGAGAUUGUUGUGCAUAUCAGUUACUGGAAAAAAUACAUAUAAUUGACCUUUUUGAACAUUUGCAAUGUGGCCUUUUCACUCUCCAGACUCAUUGAGAGUGGUGCCUUAUCAGUGCCUGAAUUAUUAUUUUCUUUUGAUUUUUGAUUUAACUGUCUUGAAUUACUCAAAGUAAAGGCACGCCUAUGAAGUUUCUCAACUGACAUAUUUCAUUUUUAAGGAAAAAAAAGGAUCAACCUUUCCAUAAAGUUGUACAUUUAUGAUUAGGCCUUUUUUGUGUGUUUUGUGAGUAAUCUAUGGACUCAUCUUUUUGCUUACUUGUAUAACCUUUUUUUUUUCCUUGUCUUGUCACAUACUUUCCUGUUUGCUUAGCUCUGAUGCUGUUUGGUUCUGAAGAUAUUCUUGUUUCUGUUUUGAAAUCCCCAUGGUCUAAAAAGCACAUCAAAAUAUGGGAGAAUACUCUUCCAUGAGGAGUUUAAACACUAGACUGUUAGCAGUAUUUACCACCAGCCAAAUGGGCCCCCUCAUAAACAUGUCUUAGAAAUGUCUCUUUAUAGGAGUUUCUGUCCAGCGGUCAGCACAGACUGUUGAAAACUCUGGUUUGAGACUUUGCUUCAGAUUUUUUUUAAGAAAUAAUGAAGUUAUCUGACUUCUUUAAAUGGGAAAACUGACAUAAAUCUGUAUUAUUUUUUUUUUCCUCUUUUGAAUGCGUUAGGCGAUCUUGCUCUGUCCCAGUACACUUGCUGCCCGAAUAAGCUCAGAGAAGACCAUCACUGCAUCUUCCAUUAAACCCAUACGAAGUUUUUAAAGCACUGUUUACUGAUCUGGUCCCACAUGUGAGACACAUUACAGCUGAGCAGAGAGAGAGAAAGUUAUUUGUAGAGGGCAGUGCUUCAGUCUGACUUUGAAGCUGAAUUUUGGGAGAUUUAAUGAUUUUGUUCUUUUGAAUUGUAAGACUGAAACCAUUGUAUUGUUUUCCAUAAAACCCAUUUCAAAGCUCUGAAAAUGUUGACAAGCAUAAACAGGCAGGGCAAAAAGCAUUUCUGUUCAGUAGACAGCAAGUUGUGAUAUUUCAUGGGCAGUUGUUCAGAUCCUUCACACUGCAGCAUUAACAGUAUGUAUUCUGUUUAUAUAUGUUUGGAGUAAAAAAAAACAAAAAAACAAAAAAAAAAACAAGCACUGCCCAGCUUCUCCAUCCUGAGACACAACGUUACAUAACCUGGCUUCUUAUACUUUCAGUAGGGACAUGAACAAAACUGCUGUUGUGUCUUCAGAGUGCCUCCUUGUGUGUGCGCGCGCGUGUGCGUGUGUGUAUUUUUGGUCUCUCUUAUUUUGGUCUUCAUUUUUAUAAGUAUAUAUAUAUAUAAAGUAGGUAUUGCGAUCCUGUCCUGUAUAUAACAGUAAUGUAGCAAUAAAUGUGCCAUUUUUAAUAACAGAAAUAUACAUUUUUUUUCAAUGUCUGGCUUUGAAUCUUGUAUACCUUGAAAAGAGUUAAAUAAAUGAAAACAUUGUAA